AUGGCCGCCAUCACCCCGUAUCUUAUCGGCUAUGUCCUCUUCUUUCUUGGAGCGGCCCUGUUCGUCUUCCAGACUUUUAGAUACUGGCAGCGGCUUCGCCACAUCCCAGGGCCUCCGGGGUGGGCUUGGACGGUGAUCCCACUCUUCCGACUUCAUGUCCAAGGGGCAAUCUACGACAAGUUCGGUGAAUUGAGCAAGCAAUACGGACCCCUGGUGCGCAUUGCCCCCAAUACGUUGCUAGUGUCUGACCCCAACGUCUUGCGCCGCAUGUCGGCCGCCCGGUCGCCAUACACGAGGGCGGACUGGUACAUUGCCAUGCGACUGAACCCGGGCCAAGACAACGUGUUAUCGCAGCGCAGCGAGGAGAAGCAUGACGACUUGCGCCGACGCAUGGUGCACGGCUACUCGGGAAAGGAGAACCUCACGCUGGAGAAGGACAUUGACGACUGUGUGCUCGAGCUGGUGGGCCUGAUCGAACGGAAAUACUUGAGCGAACCGAGUUCGGGACGGCUGGUGCCCAUGGAUCUGGCGCAGAAGAUACAGUUUUUCACCAGCGACAUCAUGAGCAAGCUCUCCUUCGACACCAAGUUCCACGACCUGCGGGACGACGCCGACAAUCUGGGUUAUAUUCACGAAAUCGACACCAUGUUUCCCCGUAUCUUUUCUACCUGCACCAUUCCCAAGGUCAUAGAGUUCUUGACCGACGUCGGCUUUCUCGGCCUGUUUGCCCCUUCGGCGAACAGUAACCUGGGCCUGGGGAAGGUCCAGGCCAUCACCAAGGAGCAGACGGCGAAACGGUUCGAUGUCGAAGGCAAGCCCAAGGCCGACAAGGACUACCGUGACAUGCUGGGGAGCUUUAUUCGCCAUGGUUUGACGAUGAAGGAGGCCGAGUCGGAAAGUGUCAUGCAAUUGGCCGCUGGGUCGGACACGUCUGCCACAGGCAUGAGGGCCACGUUGCGCUGCAUCAUCUCGUCUCCAUCGACAUAUGCGAAGCUUAUGGCGGAGAUUGAUGAGGCCAUAGCAAGCGGCAAGAUACCGUCCGACGAGAACCAGGUCAUCUCGAAUACGAAUGCCAAAGAACUGCCGUAUCUCCAGGCAUGUAUCAAAGAGGGUCUUCGAUGGUAUCCUCCGAUUGCAGGAAUGCUUGCUAAGAAGGUCCCCCCCGCCGGCGAUACCGUGUGCGGCUAUUUCGUGCCUGGUGGCACAUCUAUGGCCUACUCCGCCAAAGCAGUCCAUCACUCGCCCGCGCUAUUCGGACCGGACGAAGAGGCCUUCCGACCCGAACGGUGGAUCUUGACCCAAGACGGCGGCGACGAGCCGUCGGCCGAGAAACUCAAGCUCAUGGAGCAGAACAACGAGCUGAUCUUCGGGUACGGCAAGUACCUGUGCCUGGGGAAGAGCGUGGCCAUGAUCGAGUUGAACAAGGUCUACGUCGAGCUGCUGCGCCGCUUCCAGUUCAGCUUGAUGAAUCCGUUGGAUGCGUGGAAGACCAGGUGUUUCGGAAUCCACUUUCAGAAGGAUAUGUGGGUGACGGUGAAGAGACGGCCAAAGCCUUGA